AUGGAGCACUACGCGAGCAUCCAUCGGAUCGGGGCCCUCUUGGACAGCCACCCGCUUGUAUCCACCGUCACACAACACAAAGUCGAGAAGGCCCUCGACCCCAAGUACCUGGGCGAGGAUGGCCGGGCUGAGAAAUACCACCAGUCCCCUUGGGAUUUGUCAGUCACGCUCGCAGCCUCUGGCGCGAAGUUCUAUGUAGGGUGGACCACAAACGACAUCAAGAAGCCGCUCGCUGCGAUGUGGUGGCUGUUUGCAGGGAAGUCCGCCACGGCGGAGAACCUCGCCCACGCGGAGGCGAUUUUUUUAGAUGUCGCCGACGGGGUCCGGGGCCGCUGCGAGCUCUUCUUCUGCCGGCGUCGCGCCCCAGCCUCUGGCGGCAACUGCAGCGCCGCCGACGGUGCAGCGCCGCCGCCGGACGACGCCAGCGACAACGCGAACUCGCCGGCCCCGGACAACGCCCCUCCGGUCGAGCCUCUGGCGGGGGCGCCCGCCGCCGCGCCGGUGGCGCCCGCCGACGCGACCGGUGCGGCUUCCGCGCUGCUGACUGCGGCGAGCGGAGACGCUGGCGCUGCUGCUUGCGGCAAGCCUGCGGACAGGGCGCCAGGCGGCGACCAGCGCCGCGACAACCUCGAGGAUUUCCAGCUCCAAGAAGUAACGCGCAUUUCCGAGCAACAGUCGUGUGAAGUCCACGAGGUUGAUUAUGAGCCAGAUGGGAAUUCUGACCUUGCGUCGGAAGAGGGGGAGAAGGAGGGCGAGGCCGAGACCGGGUCGCGAGCGGGGCCUGCGCGUCCAGUCGACCCAGCCUCUGGCGGGGCGGACGGCGAGAUCGACCUCGCCCAGCACGUGUCCUUCAAGAGACUGCAGCGGCUGACGCCGGAGCAGAAGGGGCGGCUUCGCCAGAUUGUGCGCGCCAAAGAGAGGCAGAUGCACUUCGGCGAUUACUGGCAGGGAAGGGCCGGAGAUCAGCUCAGCCUCUCGCGGGCGUCGGGUGCCCCUCGGGAGCCACCGGUGACGGCCAGGGCUCGCGACCAGCAUCGGGCGCUGCUCCUCCAGGAAUUGCAGGCGUACGCGGACCCGAUCCCAGACGCUGAGGAGAUCAUCGCGGGAAUCCCUUCCAAGAACGACAAGCGCCUCGGUGCCAACGAGGACGUCGUCACGGCCAUCGCCAGCAGGAAGGUCCACUACAUGUUCUUGCUGACAAAGCAGAUGGAGGAGCAUCCGGAGCCUGAGCGUCUGACCUUCUGCGAGGAGUGGCCGGACUUGAGCCCGGCCUCUGGCUGGUGGUGUGUGCUCCAGGCAGAGGAUUGGCAGCAGCUCAAGCAGGACUUUCGCCUGCGCGACACGCGCGACUACGUCAAGCACAUUUUGGCGAUGCACGAUGGCGAGUCCAGGCUUGUGCGCACAGAGUGGAAGCCCUUCCCAGCCUCUGGCGGGAGCAUCCUUCAACCUUGCUACUGGCAUUACCAAUUCUCGCGCAGCUGGGACACAUACUCGUGGCUCUCGCCCCGCAGAGGAGACUUCACCAACGAAGACGUGGACUGGAUCAUGAGAAAGGGCGGCGGCGAGACGGGCUUGAUGAGGAGAGACCCAGCCUCUGGCGGGAACUGGCAGAUCCGCCAUGGCCAGUUCAUCACGCUUGCCGAACUCUUUUGGUUCGGGAAAGACUUGUGCUCAUGCUGCGAUAUCUACCGCGCUUACCUGGGCCUGCCUGUCUGGAUCCAGAAGCGCAAGCAUCCUGCCUCGCAGAAUGCGGCGGGAACCAUCAGGCGCAACGCGAAGUCGUUGCACUACCUGGAUCACGGUAAGUACGGUUUGCCCCAGACGCCUUGGAAACGCGGGCGGCGUUGA